AGGGUGGCUCCCGCCCCGGAAGGUUCCCAGACGGAAGUGGGGUACGGGAAGCGAUAGUUGCCAUGGAAGCCGCGGAGGACUGGCUGGUGGAAUCCUUGCGUUUGUACCAGGAUUUCCAUGCAUUCGACCUCUCAGGAGCCACUCGAGUCCUUGAAUGGAUUGAGGACAAAGGAGUCUUUGUUGCUGGCUACGAAAGCCUGAAAAAAAAUGAGAUUCUUCAUCUGGUGUUACCUCUCAGACUUUCAGUAAAAGAAAACCAGGGCUUAUUCCCGGAGAGAGAUUUCAAGGUAUGCCACGGAGGGUUUUCCGACAGGUCUGUCUUUGAUCUGAAACACGUGCCAAACACCAGGUUGCUGGUGACCAGUGGCCUUCCAGGUUGUUACCUGAAGGUGUGGCAGGUCGCAGAGGACAGUGAUGUCAUUAAAGCUGUCAGCACCAUCGCUGUGCACGAGAAAGAGGCGAGUCUCUGGCCCCGGGUGGCCAUCUUCUCAUCAGUGGCACCAGGGGUCCUCCAUGGGGUGCGGCUCAGCGGGCUGAAGGUCGUGGACCUGGCAUCCCAGAAGACCACGUACACCUCCGGUGUCAGUGACAGUGAGGAGCUGAGUAGCCUGCAGGUCCUGGGUGCAGACACCUUCGCCUUUUGCUGCACCUCGGGCCGGCUGGGGCUCGUGGACACCCGCCAGAAGUGGGCACCGUCAGAGAACGUCAGCCCCAGCGCUGGGUCCGGAGGAGGGAGGUGGUGUGCAGAAGUUGGGAGCAGGGGCAUUGCCAGCCUUUGCUCAGAUGGGCAGCUCUGUCUGCUUGACCCCCGGGAUCUCUGCCACCCGGUGAGCUCAGUCCAGUGCCCAGUGUCCUCACCGAGCCCUGACCCAGAGCUGUUGCACGUGACUUGGGCUCCAGGCCUGGACAACUGCUUGGCCAUUUCAGGUUUUGAUGCGACGGUCCAGGUCCAUGAUGUUACGUGUUGGGCCGGAACAGAGGGCCAGGCAGAACCUCUCUUCACUCACAGAGGUCACAUCCUCCUAGACGGUAAUGCGCCAGAUGCCGCUCCACUGGUCACCACCCACACCUGGCACCCCCGCAAACCAAGGACGCUGCUCUCGGCAGCAAGUGACGCGUCUCUGCACGUGUGGGACUGGGUGGACCCCCGGGCCUCCCGCUGACACCAGGGGUUUCUGCCAGGCCUCGAGGAAGAGGAGGAGCUGCUGUACAGUCAGGGUACUACUGGUUUGGGACUCAAGUGACCGCAGGUCCCUGUUACCAGCUGAGUGGCCUUGGGCAAGUAAACCGGCCUCUCUUAGCCCCAGUUUGUUUAUUUGUAAAAGGACAAUAUUAGUAACUGCCAUGUAGGGUUGUUGGGGAUUCAGAAGUAAUAUAUGAAAAAUCAUCUGGUAGGAUGAUUGUCACAGUAAAGAUUUGGUGGCUGUUCUUCACUCGGAGCAGUUGUGUGUGACAGGUUUCAAUCCCAUGGGCUUUCGGCACGUAGGCAUCUCACAGGCCUGAGAGAGACGCUGUCCUUACCUAAUGGGCUGUGGGAGGGAUUCUCAAGACCAAUGCUGACCAUACACAGUCGUUCCCUAGGUACUGACUUUACAGCCUAACCGCCACGUCAGCUGUGGCUCCCAGCAGUUGGCACAGUUGGGAGACUGUGUGACAUAGUGACUGAGACACCUGUGUCAGAGUCAGACAGAUCGGGGCCCAAGUCCUGUCUCCAAAAUGGACCGAAUCCUAGUAGCACCUCGCAGAGCGGCCGAGACGGUGAAAUGAGACCCUGAAAUAAAGUGCUCGGCAUGGCCUGGCCCGCUGAAUACUCAGUGAAUGUGCUGUUCGUGUUUUCCUUCUCUUCUGGACUGGAGGGCGGUGCAGCAGUGUUAAAGAGCAGGCUGGAGUCCGGGAGAGAAGUCCAGGGAGAAGGUCAUGUUCUUGGGGCGGAGUGUCAUCGAAGCAGGUGAGUGGGAGCCCGCAUCCUGGGCCGAAUCAGCUGGGAGGCCGGGACCGUGCUCACUAAAAAGCGAAUCUGCAAGUCCCACGCGGCCUGAUAUAGUCCUGACGUACUUGAUAGGAAUUUCCACCUUCGUAAAGAAUUUCAUAUCGAAAAGAGUGAAUUGAUUUAAACUAACCCACACCAGAUUUAUUUCCUGGCCACAUACAAAUUCUCAACUCAGAUUUCUGGGCUACAUCUUUGAAAGCCAUUUCCAGAAAUGGGCUCUUUGAAAAAUCUCCUCAGUGGCAGCAAAUUGACACCCUUUGAAGGGAUUGUUUUUGGAAAGCAGAAAUUGGGCAGAGCUAAGCAAGUCUCGCAGAUAAGGAAUGCACCAGGCUAGAUAAUAAGCACACUGCUGUCUGUCGGCUUUACUUAGCCUUCCCGUGUGCCAGACACGUGUGCAUUGCAGGAAGUACGUGGAUAUGAGGCUUUCUAAGGUAUGAAGACGGUCCGUAAAGCAAAACUCAAAGAAAGUCUUCAGUAGUGACAACAGCGUAUAAAGGCCACAGCCCAUCGAAGUGACUACUUUUGACAGACAGCACUUACUUGGGUAAGUUCUUUGUGUUCUUGAAAAAGACGUAAGAGUCAUUCUGUAAGUCUAGUUAGAUACAGUCAUGAUACAUGCAGAUUGUGCUUUGUUUUAUAAUUGUUGGGUUUCUGGAAAUUUGUGGGAAAACAUGUUUAAAUCCAACACACAGAGGAAACUAUUUUAAGAGGGAGAAGCUGAGUUUGGUUUAUUUCCAAGCACCAUUUGCCCUGUGUGUCAGUCCCCAGCAGGGACUCUGCUCUUGCAGGCGCCCCCAUGGUGGGGACCUGUUGACUUGCACAUGGCCUCCCGCGUGGAGUCUGGACAGCCAGUACAGACAGGCCCUAGUGGACUUGGCAGAGGCAGGUGAUAGAGAGGUAAACCUUCCAACCAAGGGUCUUCUGAGGCAGUGGCGUGGUUCUCAGUAUUGCUCUGGGUAGAUAUACAGAGAAGGCUUUCCUCACUGCGUCAUGCUGGGCCACAUCCAUAGUCCCAGUCCCAUUUUUAGGAUAAGUAUGAGCCGUAAGGCUCUGCAGCAGCCCUGCUGGCAUUGGAGUAGUUCUGCUGUGCAAAAAUUCUGUUUAGGUUGAAUUGAAAUUGCUGGUUUUAUAGAUCAGAAAUGGCAACAUCAUGUGGUUCAACCUAAUAUGUUGAGAGGAAGAGUAGGUUAUGGUUUCGAAAGUCAGCCUCUAGCAGUGGUCUUUUCUCCUUUUCCCUCCCCUAAACAUAAGAGAGUGCUUUCCUCUCAAUUAACUCCAUGUAAAUUCUGAGAAAAGGGAUGUAGAGAAAUGUAGACGUGUCCUGGCCCCAACCCUCCC